CAUUGCGUAACUGUAGCGACUGAUGAGCCCGACGGUCCUUGGAAAACUGAAGCCACCUUUACACAUUUUUCACCAAUAAGACAGGUCACCCGCCAUACGCAGACUCCAGAGGGGGACUCAUGAAGAUAGUUUAUUUUUUUAAAUUAAUUUAAUGUUCGCAUGCCGCCUGCGGCAGAAGAAAUAAGCCAUGUUUUGUUUUUGAUAUUAGCGAUGUUUAACGGUGUCGCGCUAUAGAGGUUCCCCGUUAAGGGAAACAGUUAGCUUCAUAAGUGGAGCCUCCAGCAUUUUCUGCCUACAUUUUAGGCAGAAAAGACGCUUUCGGGUCAAUAUAUUUUUUGUUUUCACUGGCUCGGGGGGCUCUUGCCCAGUCAAUAUUUGACUCUGGAGCAGGACACGGAGGAGAGCAUGGCCAUGACAGGAGGGACUGCAGCCGCCCUCCCCAUGAGCAACCACACCCGAGAGCGGGUGACCGUGGCCAAACUGACGCUGGAGAACUUCUACAGCACGCUGCUCACCCAACACGAGGAGCGCGAAAUGAGGCAGAAGAAGCUGGAGAAGGCCAUGGAUGACGAGGGCUUACCAGAUGAUGAGAAAGUGAUGCGGCGUUCCCAGCAUGCUCGCAAGGAGACAGAGUUUUUGAGACUGAAGAGGACGCGGCUGGGCUUGGAUGACUUUGAGUCGCUUAAAGUCAUCGGACGUGGUGCUUUUGGAGAAGUGCGUUUGGUGCAGAAAAAGGACACCGGGCACAUUUACGCCAUGAAGAUUUUGCGAAAAGCAGACAUGUUGGAGAAAGAGCAGGUCGCUCACAUCCGGGCGGAGAGGGAUAUUCUCGUGGAGGCAGACGGCGCAUGGGUGGUGAAGAUGUUUUACAGCUUCCAGGAUAAGAGGAACCUUUACCUUAUUAUGGAAUUUUUGCCUGGAGGCGACAUGAUGACGCUGCUGAUGAAGAAGGACACUUUGUCCGAAGAGGCCACCCAGUUUUACAUCGCCGAGACGGUCCUGGCCAUCGACUCCAUCCACCAGCUGGGCUUCAUCCACAGAGAUAUCAAACCGGACAAUCUGCUGCUGGACUCCAGGGGACAUGUGAAGCUGUCUGAUUUUGGUUUAUGCACCGGACUGAAGAAGGCCCACCGAACGGAAUUUUACAGAAACUUGACCCACAACCCACCCAGUGACUUUUCCUUUCAAAACAUGAACUCCAAGCGGAAAGCAGAAACCUGGAAGAAGAACCGGAGACAGCUGGCUUAUUCUACAGUGGGCACGCCGGACUACAUCGCCCCCGAAGUCUUCAUGCAGACGGGCUACAAUAAGCUGUGCGACUGGUGGUCCCUGGGGGUCAUCAUGUAUGAGAUGCUGAUAGGCUAUCCGCCGUUUUGUUCGGAGACGCCGCAGGAGACGUACAGGAAAGUCAUGAACUGGAAGGAGACUCUCGUGUUUCCACCCGAAGUCCCGAUCUCGGAGAGAGCGAAGGACAUGAUCCUGCGAUAUUGCACGGAUGCUGAGAACAGAGUUGGGGCGGGCAGCGUGGAGGAGAUCAAAAGCCAUCAGUUUUUUGAGCCCGUGGACUGGGAGCAUAUCAGAGAGCGUCCCGCCGCUAUUUCCAUUGAGAUAAAAAGCAUUGACGACACCUCCAAUUUUGACGAGUUCCCGGAGUCCGACAUCCUCCAACCAGCCAAUGCCACAGAACCAGACUUCAAGUCCAAGGAUUGGGUGUUCCUCAACUACACUUACAAACGCUUCGAAGGCCUGACUCAACGAGGCACCAUCCCAACAUACAUGAAGCCAGGGAAGGCCUGACAGCCUCGAACAGGGAGUAUUAAAAAAAAGACACUCACGGACGUAACAGGGUCGGGCCCUUGGAGGCCCUCGCUGGUGCUGAAGGCAGAACCCCCCACAUCCCUCAGUCUAACAUGUAAACCGCCCUCGCUCCGCCAAGUUCUUAAGGGUCGCGUGUGGCCCGCUGCUGUCAGGCCAGCUCGGGUCUCUAUACCGUACGCGCGCGCACACGUCACCUCAUAAAAAGACUGCAGUCACUACUCGAAAGUCUCAACACUGGUCGUUGUAAACUGGCUCAUAUGCAAAACGAGGACCCGCUACUGAACACGCGCCGCCGUCGCACUCUGGAAGGUUUCAGCAUGAUUUGCGGUGUUCUGCGACAACCUCGUCUGUCCAUGAUAGUGCGUUUCCUCAAAUGGCGUUCUCUCUCUUUUCAUCGAUCAUGAAUAAUAGCAUCCUAAUCCACCAUAAUUAAGGGUUGAUUAAAAAAAAAUAUUUGCAUUACGGUUUAGUAUUGUGCAGAUGACACUUUAUCAGGUUACAGGGUGCAGGAAAGGGUUAAUAUAAAGAAAAAAGGCAGCAAAUGUUGUACUGAAAUAAUUCCGAUUCAGAAAACUUUAUUUAUCCCCGUAGAGCAAUUAGUAUGAUAUUGUUUCAAAAAUAUGAAUGGAAAAUUUGAUUAUUAUUUAAUUUUUUUUCUGGAAUGGAUCCGUCAUUGUUCCUUUUUGUAUUGUGCCAUUUCGGUGCCAAGUAGGUAUAGUGAAGUGAGGGACGCAUCUUUUUAUUUGACAAGCCAAAACCUUGUUUAAUACAAAAGUGGUGCUACGUCGCCAUCUUGUGGCACCCGUACACAGUCGCGGAUUUUCGUUCUUGCUAUUUUACUCUAAUCCGUUAUAUUCGUGGCGAAGGGUUACAAGUUAUCAUUAUUGGUGCAUGAAAGGGUUAACAGAGGCCUCUUUGCAAGGACGCUGAAAUCAUGUAUUUUUGAUUCCUACUGACAAUAUCUCAGGAAAUGUUUAAAAAAAAUACCGCUAAUCCAACCGAUAUACGGUUGAGGAAUUGGGAUUUUAGUUGGCUCAGCGUGUAAGAGGGUAGUCUUGAGGUGUCACAGGGUAAAUCAAAUCGGCUUGACGAAACGGUAGUAGCUUUAGGGAAUUGGAAUGUCAUUCCAUUACAGGAUUUCAUUUUUUUGGGGGGGGGGGGGGGGGGGCUUAUGACCACCUCGAAACGGAACAACUCAUGCUGGAAUCUUCCUCGUGCUCCAUUAGCUGACCCCACGAGAUAGAAAGCGACAAGUCCGUCAUUUCCCUUUCGCGCGCUCUUUGAUCUCGACGACAGCCCCCCCCCCCCCCCCCCCCCUUGUGUUUGAAUUUGAAUCAGAUGAGGCCCCGGUCAAUCACUUCCUUCUUUGAAGUGCCUUCAUAUCGAUAUAGCUUGGUAAAUAAUAUUGUAUCAAUGUUAUUCCCAUUGAGUUGGAAGGCGUGUAGAGAAAAGUCGAUGGCGCUGGAUUUAAAAAUAAAUAAAAAACAAGUAAAUAAAGGGAACAUAGAUUUUACGUGACCGUUGUAGAAAAAACAAAGCCCAGAUGAGUUACCAAAAAAAAGCAAUAAAGCUGAUUAAAGGGCGGUUUGGUUUUGGGAUCAUGACAGUAUUUUUAUGGCGUCGUCAUAAAAUGAGGACGCCUCAUAGGGAUCCUCAUAAAAUGAUGUGCGUCAAAGCAAACCGUCGACAGAGAAGCCUUGUGCGUUCAAAUGAGAACACAUGGGCAUCACCUUACCAUUAAAUUUUAUUCAUGUCAUUUCGACACACCAUCUGUACACAUUUUUUUUCGGAAAUUAAUCUUUGAAUUUACUUUGGCUCAAACUUGUACAGCUCGUGUAAGGAGGAAGGAAAAAAAGCUACCAAAGAUCAUCACAUUUUGUGAUGCGGCCAUGAAUCCAGAUGUAGCUCAUGCUUGAUGCACUUAACCUCAAACUACCUUCACGCGAAUCACAGCAACAAUCUCACACAACCUCCAGAGAGGCUUAAAAAUUCUUUUCAGGAAAGAAACGAGAAGAAAACACGCUGCGGGUUUUCCCAUUUUCACCACACGAUGGUGCUAUUGCUGCAGAAAGAAUCAAGGAUCUCGUCAACUCAUUCUGUUGAAAUGUAUAGAUUGCGCUCUGUGUAUUUCAGUGUUAUUUAUUUUUUGUAUGUCUCUGGAUCAAAACUUACUCGUUGUGUUUUUAACCCCUCUUUGAAUCUAAUCAUGAAACAUUUCAAACCCAGUCACAGAUUAUUUAGGGAACCAAAGUGUUUUAAAUAAACACACAAUGUAUUCCAAAAGACAAUAUUUUCAUGGAGCAACACUGAAGGAAUAAUACUUAGCUAAAAUAUCAAGUUGUCACUGUACAGCUUGUACAACAGUGCAAAUUUACGAUGUCCUCGAAAGAAUUUAAAAUCCAGCUGUUGAUGUCAAACGCUGGCAACAAAAGCGAGUCGACCCCUGAGUGAAGCUGCUCUAAAUGGGCCACUUUGGCUUCCUGGUGUUACCUGCUCAUUAAUAUUUAUUUUAUUUUUUUUCUGCUUGGCUCUCGACGAAGGCGGACGCUUUUUGCACUGCUCCUCCUGCCCUCAAUCCGUGCUCGCCACUUAGUCCUUGUGCUGUCUUUGUCUAACUUUUUUCCUAGCCUCCUACCGUAUUUUUCAUCUGAAGAACUAACCAUGGAAAUAGUUGGCUGGUCUCUCGAUGUAAUCGACAAAAAAAAUUUCAACGAAAAAAGCGGCCAGUGGGGAGCCUGCUUGCCCUCCGGGGACACUUACUGGCGGAUACGCCCUGGAUCCAUGGAGAAAGUGGAGAACAGUGUGCCUGGCAGUACUGUCCAUGGAGGAUGUGGAAGACUUCUACAUUAUUGGCCACACGCGCAUACACAUCCUUGUUAUCACCGUCUUCAUCACGUCGAUUCUUUUUCCCCCGUGACGUGAUUCGAUAUGCGGAGCGCAACGGUGACCGUGCAGCUGGUCAUUUCAUUUCCCCCCCCCCCCUUCCCAUUCAUCCUCCCCCCUUAUUACAUGUUAUGGCUUGUUGUAACUGUCAUAUGCUUAUUUAUGUGCUAGGGUCUUUUUUAUCCUUGACUUAAAUUAUCCUCGGAAGAGGAUAGUUCGAGCGUGGGUUUUUUUUCCCUCUCUGUACCCUGCGUUUUCCUUUCUGAAUUCUGAUUGUAAUUUCCCCAUUGCGGGGACAAAUAAAGGAUAUCUUAAUCUUAAUAUCGCAAGACGUUGGGCGUGAACAGAAAGCAGGCAUCUAAAAUCUGGUCUUAUUUGUUUAGUGUUGUCCCAUGAAAUUAUACAAAUAAAAUAGUUAUGAAAAUUUAAGGGGAUAGACUGUACGGGGUGUUAUUCUGAUGAGUGAAAAAAACGACCUAGAUAGAGGAGUACAAAUGUUUCUAAAACAUCUUCAUACGAUAAGUAAAGGACCAAACUAGUGUGAUUUAAUGUGUUUGGUGAUCACGUCAUCUUAAAAUAAAUAGUAGCCGUCACCAUGAAGAGUCAGGACAUUGUUGGUGGGUUAUAUAUGUGAUGACUUGUUCAUAUGCUGUCUCUUGUAAUCCAGUGAAAGAGGUCACUGCGGGAAAUGGUAGUAAUAUAUUCACAUGGUAACUUUUUAUGUCAAUAACAUGACAAAAUAAAAUUUAAAAA